UAUUAUUCACUUGGAAUCGAUCGAGUCCACAAGAUGUACACCAAAGCUCUGUUCUUCCUUGUUUUGAUCUGUAGCACUGCUUUUGCUACUCCAAAGCAUCAUCAACGUAACCGUCAUGGACUUCAUAGAGUUCGACGAGGUGUCGGAGAUAAACUUAAACAAUGGGUCGCUAAAAUAAAAGAUCAAGCUGCCAAAGUAUUGAGUAAAAUUCAAGAUAAGACGGUGGAAGUUUACAACAAGGUGACCGGCAGGGCUGAAUUACUCAAUAAGCUCAAGGAAUUGAACGAGCAAAUGGCCGAUGUGAAAGAUAGACAAAUCUCUUUGGAGAACGAAAUCGUCCAAAAGCAUAACGAGCUGCAGCAGAAGGAAAAAGAAGUUGAAAGCUUGAAGUAUCAGCUGGAACAAAAUAAAAAUGCCUCCGCCCAAGAGAAAGAGGCCGCGAAGAAACGUUUGCAGGAUCUCAUAGUAAUUCUCGAACAACAACGAAAAGCUUUUGACAAUGAUCUUGAGACCAAAUCAUUAUAAAGGAAAUAAAUUAUUCCAUACCACGCAUGAAUUAUGAAAACCCUAUUUUGGUAUUUAUUACCGACAUUUCAUGUGCUGCGCAUCGAGUAUUUAACAAACUUCAACUAUUAUUCAUAUGAUAAACUCUGACGUUUAAUAUUACUUUACAUUGUCUGUCAUAAUAAAAGCAAAUGGUACAGCUUAA